GCGUGUCCCGGAAGUGACGUAGGCCCUGGCCGGGCGGCCGCCCUGCCCCCGCUUCCUUUCACGCUGCUGCCGCCCGUAGGUGGUUGUGGCCACCCAGCCCAGAAAGAGGCGGCGGCGGCGAAUGAUGCCUGGGAAACUCCUCUGGGGGGACAUUAUGGAGCUGGAGGCACCCUUGGAGGACACCGAAAACCAAAGGAAGGAGAGGCAAAAGAGUGAUAGAAGGAAAUCAAGGCACCAUUAUGACUCAGAUGAGAAAUCGGAAACAAGAGAAAAUGGUGUUGCAGAUAACUUGGAUGCUCCUAAGCCCAAAAAAGCUAAAAUGAAAGAGAAGUUAAAUGGAGACACUGAAGAAGGAUGUAAUAAUAGACUUUCAGAUGAAUUUUCUAAAUCUCAUAAGUCAAGAAGAAAAGAUCUGUCAAAUGGAGAUAUUGAUGAAUAUGAAAAAAAAUCAAAGCGAGUGUCAUCCUUAGAUAGUUCUACUCAUAAAUCAAGUGAUAAUAAACUAGAGGAGACCCUAACACGUGAACAGAAAGAAGGAGCCUUCUCCAAUUUCCCUAUUUCUGAAGAGACAAUAAAGCUUCUAAAAGGUCGAGGGGUAUCAUAUCUCUUUCCUAUUCAAGUUAAGACCUUUGGUCCUGUAUAUGAAGGAAAAGAUUUAAUUGCUCAAGCACGGACAGGAACAGGGAAGACAUUUUCUUUUGCCAUCCCCUUGAUUGAAAGACUCCAAAGAAAUCAAGAGACAAUUAAAAAAAGCCGCUCACCAAAGGUUCUUGUUUUGGCUCCUACAAGGGAACUGGCAAACCAAGUAGCCAAAGACUUCAAAGAUAUCACUAGGAAACUCAGUGUGGCAUGUUUUUAUGGUGGAACAUCCUAUCAAAGCCAAAUUAAUCAUAUUCGAAAUGGUAUUGACAUCUUGGUGGGGACUCCUGGUCGUAUCAAAGACCAUCUGCAGAGCGGCCGAUUAGAUCUUUCUAAACUGCGCCAUGUUGUGCUUGAUGAAGUGGAUCAAAUGUUAGAUUUAGGUUUUGCUGAACAAGUUGAAGAUAUUAUCCAUGAAUCCUACAAAACUGAUUCUGAAGACAAUCCUCAGACUUUACUUUUUUCUGCAACUUGCCCACAGUGGGUAUACAAAGUUGCAAAAAAAUACAUGAAAUCCAGAUACGAACAGGUUGACCUUGUUGGAAAAAUGACUCAAAAGGCUGCAACUACUGUGGAACAUUUGGCCAUCCAGUGCCAUUGGUCUCAGAGGCCAGCAGUUAUUGGAGACGUUCUUCAAGUCUACAGUGGGUCUGAAGGGCGGGCUAUUAUUUUCUGUGAGACCAAAAAGAAUGUAACUGAAAUGGCCAUGAAUCCACACAUAAAACAGAAUGCCCAGUGUUUACAUGGAGACAUUGCACAGUCACAAAGAGAAAUUACACUGAAAGGCUUCAGAGAAGGUAGUUUUAAAGUUUUGGUGGCAACCAAUGUGGCUGCUCGUGGUUUGGACAUUCCUGAGGUUGACCUAGUGAUUCAAAGUUCUCCUCCCCAGGAUGUUGAGUCCUAUAUUCAUCGUUCUGGACGCACAGGUAGAGCUGGCCGGACAGGGAUUUGCAUAUGUUUUUAUCAACCAAGAGAAAGAGGUCAACUAAGAUAUGUGGAGCAAAAAGCAGGAAUUACUUUUAAACGUGUAGGUGUUCCUUCUACAAUGGAUUUAGUUAAAUCUAAAAGCAUGGAUGCCAUCAGGUCUCUGGCUUCCGUUUCUUAUGCUGCUGUUGAUUUUUUCCGACCAUCAGCUCAGAGACUGAUAGAAGAGAAAGGGGCAGUGGAUGCAUUGGCUGCAGCAUUAGCCCACAUCUCUGGUGCAUCAAGUUUUGAACCACGAUCUUUGAUCACCUCUGAUAAGGGAUUUGUCACCAUGACUCUGGAAAGCCCAGAAGAAAUACAGGAUGUCAGCUGUGCAUGGAAAGAACUUAACAGAAAGCUGAGUAGUAAUGCUGUGUCCCAAAUUACCAGAAUGUGCCUCCUAAAAGGAAAUAUGUGUGUUUCCAGUUGUGAAUUUGGGGACUUAUGUAAAUAACCCGUUCCUCUAGAAAGCUGUAAGUCAUUUUGCUUAGUUUGUGUAAUAGUUAUCUAAGUUACCUAAGUUUCUGCUCCUGUAUACAGAUUGUGUGUGGUUGCAUGUGGUGUUUUACUUCAUGACUAACUAGCUUACAAUUUCAAUAGCUAAACAGCUCUAUUAAUAUUAGAGAAUAGGCAAUAUUGACUUUAGAGGGGCCUGUUGGUUGUUAAUGAGGAUAAUGAAAUAAAUUAAGUAUCAUUUUUGAAGUAGCAAAGUUAAAAACAUCUCUAAUCUUAAUGAUUUUGUUUCUUUAAUGGUUUUAGAGAAGAUGUUAUAUUUAUUCAUCUAACUUUACUAUAUGGGUUUAUUCUAGCCUAGAAUUUAUUAAUUUGAUUGUUUAUUUUCAUCUCAAAGUUUACUAUUACCAUCAAGUUUUGUGGCAAGUAUGAGACAAAUACACUCAUUCAGAAAAAUUAUGGAAAGGAGAGAAAAUAUAACAAGAUCCUUAGGCCAAACUAGUUGUCGUACUUGAGAAUUAAAUUAACUUUUAAUUUAUUAGCAACCAGGACCAAAGAAGAAACAUCCUGGGUUACAUCAUUCUUACUGUCUGAUAAACACUACACCUCUUUAAAAUAGAAACUUUUUGGCACUAAAUUUUUCAAGGGAUUUAUAUAUUAUUAAGCAUUACAGUGUCUACAAGAACUUUUCUAGAGAAUACUCUAGAUUCUUAGUAAUAGUAGUAGUAGAUUCCUAUUAGUUUACUUUUCAGAUUUAGAAAAUACAAUAAGCAGCUACUCUGUGUCAUGCAUUAUUAUAUGUUAGCUGUUUUAAUCUUAUAAACAUUCAUAGGGCACACCUUAUCUUUUUUUUUUUUUUUGUACCUACUA